UAGUGGUCCAAGACCUCAAUGAGGUUCUAAUAGUCAACAUGUAGUUUAGUUUGUUAAGUUUCAGCGGUAAACAAGAGAGACAGAGAUACCUGAGAAGGUUGAAGGAGUGGAGGGUUAAGUCGUCUUUCGUCUGUCAUUACAAGGUUCUACUGGUUAUUGUGAUGGUUGACAUGUAUUCUUUAUAAGGUUCUGGUGGUUAUAAGGAGGUUGUUCUGGACCUUUACCAGGUUCCACUGACACUUUAGGGGAUAUUCAGGUUCUCAAGGUGGUUACACACCUCUGGGAGAAGGUUGCUGCAGUAGAACUUCUGAGAACUGCAGCUUGAGUUCAUUUAUAUCCUCUUCUCCUUUAAUUUGUCUCCAUCUGUAACUGAUGUUAAAUUCAAAACUAAAGUGUUUCCACAAACACCGGUUGACAGUAAUCUAAUUACGACCUGAGCCUCCUGAGCUAUUUGUGUCUCUAAGACGAGGCAGAGAUCAGUAAUCCUCCACACGGACGAGACGGGAAACAAUGGAGAUGGAGGCGAGCAGCACAGAUGACGGGGGGGAUGGUUUCCUCCGUCAUUUCCCUGUCAAAGCAGAAACAUUUGUUUAUCAAAUCUCAGCUCACACAGAGAGAACUCAGACACUGGCUGACCGACUCCUACAUCCUGUUUGCGACGCCUUACUUUGCCUACGACGUCUACGCCAUGUUCCUGUGUCACCGGCACAAGCUGCAGGUCAAAGGUCACGGGCAGGAGCAGGUGUCGGGGGCUGUGGUGGUGGGUUUCCUGCGCACAGAGCUUCUCAUGGUGCUGCAUCACGUCUUCAUGGUGACCUUCUGCUUCCCUGCCUCACUGCUGUGGAGACAAGGGAAAGGUGAUUACUUCCAGGGUGUUUUGUUUCUGGCUGAACUCAGCACACCAUCCGUCUGUCUGGGGAAAGUCCUGAUCCAGUACAAGAAACAACAAACUCUUCUGCACAAAGUCAACGGAGUCUUGAUGCUCUUCACCUUCUUCAGCUGCCGGGUUUUACUCUUCCCCUACUUGUACUACACCUACAGCAGGUACGUUUCCAUCCCUGUGUACUCGGUGCCCCUCGUGGCCCCGUGGCAGUGUAACCUGGGAGCCGCUCUGCUGUGGCCCCUGCAGCUCUACUGGUUUGCCCUGAUCUGCAGAGGGGCCCUCCGCCUGUUCACCUCGCGCUCAAACACUCCACCCAACACUUUUAUACUCGCAGGAGGCGGAGACAGAAACUGUGCUGCAGCGACAUGAAGCCAAAUAAAUCCACUGACGGAGUUCAGAGGAAACAGAGAAACACUGAGUGUCAAUCAGUGAGUUAGACAGGAAGCAGAAAGAGGAGAGGUCAAAGGUCACCGGGCGAGAGAGGCCGAGCGACGCCGACGGAGACACGUCCACCUGUAGAGCUACGACUGGAAAUAAAGAUGGACGACAUGAUGGCUCCUAAAAGUGAAGCCAAAACAAAUGGAUUGAACCCCAUCUCCUCCAUGUUAGCAGAUGGGACAUGGAACCAAAAAAACAAUCAAAGUAGCUGUUU